CAAUCGUUAUACGGCGUUCAUAUCGUCUAUUCCGCGGAAAUCACUUGUGCAGGUUCUUUAAUGGGAUUCACAAUGGGGGAUUCAUUCAUCUCCAGGGAUGAGAAGAAACUGUAUUUAUUCGAUGUUGACGGCACCUUGACGCCAUCUAGGCAGCCAAUUGAUGAUGACAUGGAUAAAUUGCUCAAGCGUCUACGGCAAAAGGUGGUUGUUGGUGUCGUCGGUGGGUCAGAUCUGCCGAAAAUUGUUGAACAAUUGGGCAAGGCCUCUGCUUCGACUGAAGAAGUUCUGCUGGCCUAUGACUUUACCUUCUCUGAAAAUGGACUGGUAGCACAUAAAGGAGGACAACUUCUGGACAUGCAGAGCAUUGAGAAGCACAUGGGAGAAGAAAAGCUACAGGAGAUGAUAAACUUUUCUCUUCGGUAUAUGUCUAACAUUCACCUGCCCUUCAAGAGGGGUAAUUUUGUGGAAUUUCGACAUGGGAUGAUCAAUCUUUCGCCAGUGGGCAGAAGUGUCACUUUGGAGGAACGGCAAGCUUUUGUCAACUAUGAAGCAACCCAUCCAGUGAGGCAGAAAUUUCUUAAUGCUCUGAAGGAGGCAUUUCCUCAUUAUGGAUUGGAGUUUGUGAUUGGAGGCCAGAUCAGUGUGGAUGUCUAUCCAGUGGGUUGGGACAAGACCUAUUGCUUGCGACAUAUUGAAAAGGAGAGUUUUUCUGAGAUCCACUUCUUUGGGGACAAAACCAUGCCAGGAGGCAAUGAUCAUGCCCUUUAUGAAGACCCACGAACCAUAGGCCAUUCUGUGUCUGGACCUGCAGACACCAAGAACCAGAUCCUUGAACAUUUUCCAGACUUGAAGUCAUGAAGGUUUCCAGAAAUGGGGUAAAGGGUAUUUCAUAUAUGCUGGGUACAGAGAAAAAAGUGCU